AUGAUCCUCGAGUCAGAUGGAAAGGACGCACAGAGAUGCGAUUGGUCCAAGGGACUGCGUCAGCCUGGCCAGCCCUUGACCGGUGAAAGUGUUGUGCAACGCCAACUCUGGCUCAUGCACAACAUCAAGCUCAACCGAGACCAAGCGUACGAUGUCGCAAGGAAGGAGUUUUAUGCGCUGCGUCAGGAGGAAGAGAUCGAGAAGCGUGUUGCCAGGGAGGAAGCCAGACACGUCGGGGCGUACUUUGGCAAGAACAGACUGCAGAUCGGCCUGGACCUUGAGGACAAGGAGUUUGAGAACUGGAAGGGCUGGGCACACAAGCAGUCGAUUGCGAACGAGCAGAACCAGAACGCCAACUACACUAGCUUUGGCGAGGAAGCAGAUAACGAGGCGGCUCCGGAAGCGACAUUGCUUUGA